CGCAGACCAGGGCCGAAGGCAAUUGCCGGGUGGGCCCUACUCCACGCAUGACGAGCAGCCAGGGUCUACGGCGAUCACAGACGUCUCUUCAGACCAGCGCGUGAGAUAGCAUCACCUCCGCUGAUUUUUAGUAGUCGCGGGCAGCACGAUGGGCUGGACGGCGCUCGUAUUGGUAAUGUCGUGAUCAAGGCGGGUAUUGACGGCAUAACGGCGUCGACGCAUUUAUUAAACGUUAUUUUUCCUUCUCCAUUCCUGUGAACUUACCUACUCUUACAACCACCAACCUACUGACAGGAAAGGAACCCCCAACAGCAACGACCAUGGCAUCGAUAACGCAGCCGAAGCUCCCGCCCGUCGUCUUCGACUCGAUCAUCGAGCAGAUCAGCAACACGCCGAUGGUGCGGCUCAACCGCAUCCCGCAGUCGCUGGGGAUCGAGAGCACCGUGUACGCGAAGCUGGAGAUGUUCAACGCAGGCGGCAGCGUCAAGGACCGGAUCGCGCUGCGGAUGAUCGAGGAGGCAGAGCGCUCCGGGCGCAUCAAGCCGGGGGACACGCUGAUUGAGCCGACGAGCGGGAACACGGGCAUCGGGCUGGCGCUGGUGGGCGCCGUCAAGGGCUACCGCACCAUCAUCACGCUGCCGGAGAAGAUGAGCCCGGAGAAGGUGGCGGUGCUGCGCGCGCUCAACGCCGAAAUCAUCCGCACGCCCACGGCCGCCGCGUUUGAUUCCCCGGAGAGCCAUAUCGGCGUCGCCAGGAGGCUAGAGAAGGAGCUCCCCAACGCCCACAUUCUGGACCAGUAUGGCAACAAGGAUAACCCGCUUGCGCACGAGCUGGGCACUGCCGAGGAGAUUUGGCGCCAGACCGACGGCAAGGUGACGUGCCUGGUGGCGGGCGCGGGCACCGGCGGCACCAUCACGGGCAUUGCGCGCGGCUUGCGUAAGCACAGCAAGGACGUCAAGAUCGUGGCGGCGGACCCCCAGGGAAGCAUUUUGGCGCUGCCGUCGCAGCUGAACGAAGAGUUUGCGAACCAGCCCUACAAGGUCGAGGGCAUUGGCUAUGACUUCAUCCCUGACGUCUUGGACCAAAAGGCCGUCGACACUUGGUACAAGACGGACGACCGCGAGUCGUUCCAGUAUGCGCGGCGCCUGAUUGCCGAGGAGGGCAUUCUUUGCGGUGGCAGCAGUGGCAGCGCCAUGGCUGCUGCGGUGAGGGCCGUCAAGGAGUUGGGGCUUGGGAAGGACGACGUCGUUGUCGUCGUGCUGCCCGACAGCAUCCGAAGCUACCUGAGCAAGUUCGUCGACGACGACUGGCUCGCCGCCAACGACCUCCUCCCGCCCACGCCGCCCGAGACACAGCUCUCGCCCAUCAGCAACAACAGCAAAGACGCGUACGGCGGGGCGACGAUCAGCUCGCUGCGGCUAAAGCCGGUGACGACGGUGUCGGCGGACUCGCCGUGCGCCGAAGCCAUCGAAACCAUGCGCGACAAGGGCUUCGACCAGCUGCCCGUGUCGUCGGCCAAGGGCUCGCGCCUCGUCGGCCUCGUCACGCUGGGCAACCUGCUCUCGUACAUUAGCAACGGCCGCGCCACGGCCGCGUCGCCCGUCCGCGACGUCAUGUUCGACUUUAGCAAGCUCUCCGAGACCGUCACCGACCCCACCGACUACUCGGCCGCGCUGAAGGGGGCCGAGAACCUCGUCCUGACUGAGGACAAGGAGAAAGCAAAGGGGCGCCGCAGGAAGUUUGUCGAGAUUACGCGCGAUACGCCGCUGAGUGCGCUGAGCAGGUUCUUUGAGUGGAAUAGCGCUGCCGUCGUCACGGAGAAGGGGGAGAGUGGUGGUGUCAAGGCUGUGGCGGUUGUGACGAAGGUGGAUUUGCUGGGCUGGCUUGUGAAGCAGGGCAAGAAGAACUAGGUGGUGCGGCAGGUUUGUCGAGACAGUGGGGUGGGGGUAUGGUAGUGGAGAGGCUGGCAUGUUCGCGAGAGGGGAUGGAUGCUCAUACAUGGACGCAGUGCUGUCCUCACUCAGCACGUACAGCACAAGGAAGGAACGAUGGAAAGAAGGAAACGACACGGGCAAUGGCGUUCAGGACCGCAUUCAACGUGGGUAAGAGCGCGGCGCUCCCGGUCUUUUGUUACUUUUAUUUUAGUUUUUAUUUCUACACAAGCACCUGCCUGGGUACCUAGUAGUUAGUUAGUUAGGUAGGUAGGUAGGUACGUUGGUAGAGAGGCGGACACGAGCGAGUGAUUGGUGCAAAAGAUCUGGGAAUUCCGACCGGCGGCGCCGUGUCGAUGCAUCUCCUCCACCUGCUCAACCUAGGUGGACUCGCGGCGCGUCUUCUCUGCUGGGGCUGGGGAAUGAGGAUUGUUAUUAUUAUUAUUAUUAUUUUGGUUGAUG